CCCCAGUCACAGACAUUUGAGCAAAGUUGCACCAUUUGUUUGUUUUCUAGCUUCUGUUAUUUGUCUUUUCUGGAACACUGUAACCUGUUGCCUGUCUGCUGGCCUGCCUGACCAUAUUCACUUUCGACCCAUCUGAAGCUGUGAGUGUUGCUGAUAAUGGCCCAGGGAGGUAAACACAGACUACUGCUACACUAUUCAUUUUUUAUGUUGCUGGUUCUUUUCGAAGUGGCUCCAUUUAUGUUCCACUUAAAAUGGGGGAUUAAGAACCUGGACCUUGAUCAGACCAGCCUGGAAUGGCAGACCUUCAAUGGUUCUCUCCCCAACGGAGCAGUUUCAAUUUACAAUGGAUACUGUGGACGCACCGACUAUGUUUGCAAAUACGGGAUUGAGGCCGGCUUCUACAACCCUAGCAAGGGUCCUCACUGCCACUACCCAUACGGAGACAAGGAGCUUCGUGGUUCCCCAUUUGAGAUCCUGGUGAACAAAGACAACUUUGAGUUUUUGGAAUGGAAAGAUGACUGCUAUGGUUCAGUGCCUCAGAAUUCAGUCUACACCUCCCCCAACAAAGAUGUAUGUGUUGGGAAGAACAAGUAUGGUCUUGGAAAGGUGCAUGUUAAACAUGAGGCCUUCUUCCUUCCCUGGGAAGGUUCUGAGUAUUGGUACAAGUACUACCAGGUCCUGACCGUCAACAGAGAUAUAAUCAGUGAGGACAUUUCUGAUGUCAAGUAUAAGACCAAUGGGGUUCAAGUCAUUCAGGAUCCUCCAAAGACCAUGAACUUGUCUAUCAUCACUAACAAAGGCUGCCAGGAAGUGACACAGACAACUACCAUUGAAAAGAUGAGCCAAGUGGAGCAAAGGUGGGACACCAGCUUUUCCUUUACAGUGGGGGCCAGGACUACCAUCACUGCAGGAAUUCCUUUAAUUGCCAAUGUAGAUAUUGAGUAUAGCAUGGAGACAACCUUCCAGUUCACCAAAGGAACCACCCAUACCGAGUCGACCGCCCACAAGGUUUCUGUUGAGCACAUAGUGCCACCAAACCACUCCUGCACUGUCACUAUGGUGGGACGAAAGCACAGGGCAGACAUCCCUUACACUGCACGUCUCUGUCGCACCUACAGAAAUGGGGAGACCACUUGGACAUCCAUCUCUGGGACCUACAGAGGCGUCCAAAUGGGAGAAGUCCGGGCUGAGGUGGGUCGAUGUGUACGUCUACCGGGUGCCAUGCCCUGUCACUGAGAGAAUGAUGAAGAUGCUCCAAGAGAUAAAAUAUCUGACAUAUUGUAUGUUAGAUACCUGGAACAUUGUAACGAGAAACAAAAAAAUAAACUAGCUUGUAUAUUUUUAUAUGCUUUAACGUCUUUCAUCAAAUAAGAAAAUAACUUGACAUGUAUCCAUCUCUUUAGUUUUUUUUUCUUCAAAUUUCUUUCCAAGCAACAAAUGAAAUUAAUAAAAAAAUAUAGAAGUAUUCUGUUACAAAUUGCAUUGUAUGUUUUUUUUGUUCAGCCAAAUAAGAAUGACAAAAUACUCAAAUGUAUCUGUGGUUUUCUUUAAAAUUAAC